CGCCGUCGCACUGUGACUAAAUUAAAUUAUAAAAAAACCUCCAAUAUAAACAAAUUAUUUUUAACUGAAACGAUAUAUAACCGAAUGCGGAAUGUUUCCUCGGACACUAAUACGGAGCUCUCUUCCAGUUAUAAACCCGAUGUUGAAGAUUCGUCCGCAUUGUCCGUUCAGGAAAACACCUUCUAUUCAAGUGCAUAGUAAAACAAAGACAGGAAACGCUAGUUUUGAAAAGACGAAAUGGAUGAAUUUGAGGGCUAUUAUUACCCGUUGGGUACCUUUAGGCAGUGCUAUGUACAUUGGUUGGUGUUACAUUCGAGCAAGUAUUAAUUAUGAAGUUUCUAAAGUGGAAAUACGGUUUUACGAAAUGUUUCCGUUCAGGAUUACGAGUAGAUGGUGGGGUCGGCUAGCGGCCUGCGAGCUCCCGACGUCCUUACGAAGUUUAAUAUAUGGGACUUAUGUGAAAAUGUUUAAUGUGAACUUAAGUGAAGCUGCAAUACCGGAUUUGAGUUACUAUAAAAGUUUGUCUGCUUUUUUUACGCGCGCGCUCAGGGACGGUGCGCGGUACAUAUCUCCCGCUGUUUGCGUGUCUCCAUGCGAUGGGGUCGUUCUGAACUGUGGUCCUGCAGACACCGACAAGAUCGAACAAGUGAAAGGUGUGACGUACAGCCUCGAGGAGUUCCUAGGAGACAACAAAUGGUCGAAGAACAAAGGCGAGAAUUAUUACGAUUCGUUGUUGACGAAUAAGAAGAAUAUUCUCCAUCAGUGCAUCAUAUAUUUAGCGCCCGGUGACUAUCACAGGUUUCAUUCUCCGUGUGAUUGGACGUCGACAUUCCGCCGCCAUUUCGCUGGUAAGCUAUUAUCUGUGAAUCCUUGGAUGGCAAGAUUAAUACCGGGCUUGUUUACAAUGAAUGAACGCGCUGUGUACGUUGGGGAAUGGAAGCAUGGGUUCUUCAGUUUAACAGCUGUAGGAGCGACCAAUGUAGGUUCGAUAGAAAUAUACAAAGAUCCAAAAUUACAGACAAACACCAAAGGUCAACAUAAUAGAAUUGAAGAGUAUGAAAUGGGGCAGGUUAAGUUGAAAAAAGGUGAAUUAUUCGGACAGUUUAAUAUGGGUAGUACGAUAAUAUUGUUAUUUGAAGCACCAAAGGACUUUAAGUUUGGGUUUGCUUCUGGCGAUAGGGUGCAGGUUGGCCAGGCGUUGACAACGGUCACGAAAGAGCAAGCGAGAUGACCUGCUCAUGAUGAGUUAGUAACUAUUGUGCAGUUUAUGGUAAUCGUCUACGUAGCAUCCCUGUUGCUUUGAAUGCAAUUGUAACAGUGAGACAUUUGAGCUUAAAGAUGUUCAUUGUAGGAUGUAAUAAUUAUAGUAGUUAUUAGUUGAAACUGUAUAAGACAUGACUUCUUUGCCAUUCUGUUCUUUUUUUUUCUAUUUAACACAUUUAAGACCACAUGCCCACUUGUGGGGCACACAAAAUGCUUUAUGUGGGGAUGGCUUGUGGCAUGAUUUAACGUUAAAGACUGCCCACAGGUAGGUCAAUUCCCAACAACAUUACUGGCCCCCAUACUCAUGGGUGGGCACACAUUUUUCCUGGGGACACUUGUACACCUGUGGGCAUGAUUUAAAUUUAAAUUUAUGUACAGUACUUCAUUUGCUGGUCUCUCAAAGAGAUACUGCAUAUAGGGUACUUAGUUAAUUUGACAUAGUCACAUGUAAUUAAAGAAAUGCCAGUACUUAUGUGAGAAAUACGAUUUUUUGUCUUCAAAGAGUUAAUCAAUGAUCAGUCUCAAGACUAGUAAACAAGACUAUAAACAGAUGUGUUAAGUGCUGUUUGAUUUGUAGCCGAAGAGGUCAACACUUCUGCCUUUCUAUAUUAGAUUCCUCCUCUUCAGUCUCGUGACUGUGAGAGGCUCCAAGAGCUGUACUGCCAAUGGAUUAGGAUGCCAUUCUGUUCUGUUAAAAUUUUAUUCAACUAUCAAAUAUUUUAGUCUAAUUUAAAAACAGCUGUCAGUGUUUCCCAACCUUGAUAAUGUCCCACUUAGCCUUUCUAAAAUUCUUGGCAAACAGACCUAACUCUAAUAAUAGUUUAAAUAAGGACAUUCAUUCUCCUUCUUAGUCAAUUCCUUAAAGAUGAGGGUAGUAACAACCUGGAACCAGCCCCUUCCCAACUCAUACUCUUCUGGAUCUGGUUUGCUGUACAUUUACCUGCUCUGCAUCCCUAAUGACAUCAGCCGAU